AUGGAGUCAACCUUGGUCGACCUCAACGUGACUGAGAUCGACCUAGAUCUCAUGAAUAUAUGUAUGCUCGGAGAUAAUCCACUCUCGGACGUAGAGUUCCAACGUCUCGUCGACGAGCAGCUGGAUGCAGAUGCCGCGUUGGAGAUGGAACAUACUCACAACGAUCUUUAUGCGAAGUGGGCAACACUGCCUGCACAAUCUUCCGCCAAUGAAGACAAUGUGCCCUCCCUCAGCCCCCAUGAGGAAUUAUGGCCCGUCAUGCACAAUCCUGCAUUCAUUCCUAUCCCUGACUACGAAGACCCUGCUACGGACACGUUCUGGCAGCGUCUUCCCCUCCGUGGGUACGGCGAAAUCGACACCACCCCGCCGGUAGUGCACAAUGCUCUUCCUGUCGUCCCGGUGGAGAUUGCGUGGGCUGAUUGGGUUAACGUGGGCGACUACCCCCCUCACCCUACAGAAGAUGAGCCUAUUAGCCUAGAGGAGACUGAGGUCGCAACUAAGCGGGCCCGAUCCCAGUCCCCAUCCGCUCCGCGUAAGAAGGUCAAGAAGGCUGCUGCGGGAUCCCCCUCGCGGUACCAACUUCGCCCGCGCGUUUCUCCAGCCACACUGGCUUCCCCCAAACCACGCCAGGCCCGCAAGCCCCGGCGCAAGUGA